UGGCAGUAAUGCACUUUAACCUCAAUUCGAAGAAGAAGAAAAACUAAACAGGAAACCGCGAAAAGCAAAGCAAACACGUUAAUGGCAACUAAAAAGACUACAGCUGUCCGGAAAGUACUGAAAACUGCUUCACAAGACUCGUCUAAUUUGGCAUCUGGAAAUGAUGACAGCUGUGGAAACAACAGUGGAGCAAAAAGGAAAACCAAAUCUUCUGGGACAAUUGUGAAGUCUCGUUAUAUGCAGACUGAAAAGAAGUCUGUUAUAAAGAAAAAUGCACCAAAUGAGUCUGUCCUUGUGCCACCCAGGCCUGCUUCACCUAAAGUUGGUAGUGGCCACAAACCCAGAUUUGGCACACCUCCGAGACGGACAUUACAUGCUCAGUCUGAUCCGAACUCCACGUCAGUUAUACCCAGCCUUUUAGAGUCUUCAAGUCUCGGUGGAAAUGUCUUGCAGUCAACAGUGCUGGAUGGUCACUGCAUGCGUCCAGACUUUGAUGUCUCUGUCAUUAAAGAAAAUACAGCACCAUCAUCACUACCAAGUGCAGUGGACCCGAAUGCUAAAAAAAGGAACCUGGAGUUAGAAACAUUCCUGCUGGCCUUCCUCACUGCUAAGAUCGAAAACAGUACACAAAAACUUAAGGAAGAAGCAGAAAGAAAUCUUAUUACUCUGAUGGAAGAAGAGGAAAAGCUGCGAUCAAAAAUCAUGAGCAAGAAACGGCAGUGCCUUCAUCUCGAAAAGCAGCAGCAGCUCAAUGAUUUACUCGACCUGCAGAUUGUCGCACUAAAACCUGUCGCUGCAACUGCAAAGCAAUUCACAGAGGAGUACAAGACCUUCGCCUCAGCUAUAGACACAACCCGGCACGAGCUACCUAUUAAGAACUUACACAUUGAAGAAGAUAGAGGAGAGUUUCUUGAUAAAGCAGUUGUCUGUCUGAAUCAGAGUCAGUGUAUCUUGGGGCAGUACAUGAAGGAUGUUUCCAAAGACAGUGAAAGCACUGCAGCAUGCCUUAAAGAGAUAAAAGGUGCAGCACAUGAGAUUGACCAGCAUCUGCUCAGUACGUCUUCUGAUCUGUUGGAACUGUCCUCACUGGUGAGUCAGGAGACGGUGCUGGUCCAGCAGUGUUUGGAGGAAGAUAAAAUUGGAUUUAAGACAGUACAAAGUCUCUUUUCAGAUUAAAGUGGAUUUUUUUUUUUUUGUAAAUGUGUAGAGUAAUUAUUAAAGCAUUGAAAUCAUUACA